AUGGCUCGUCUCGCCACAUUGGCCAUGCUCUCCGCGCUUCGGGAUGGAGCAGCAAAGAUCGCAAUGGACGUUAGUUACAUAGCCGACGGCAUGAGCAGCCUGGGAUACAUGACGUACGAUGACUCUGUUUGCACCGCCGAGAGCAAAUGCCCAGUAGUGGUGAUCAUUCAUGACUGGACGGGCAUGGACGAGUACGAGAAGCAACGAGCCUGCAUGGUGGCCGACAUGGGCUACGUGGCUUUCGCGGCAGAUAUCUACGGCGAGGACACGCCGAAGGCGAGCAUGAGCGACUGGAUGGCAGCGUCCACGGCACACCGCCAGAACGCGACGCUGUAUAUGAGUAAGAUCCACGGGGCCGUCACGCAGGCGAUGUCCUAUGACUUUGUAGAUCCGGCCAGGAUGGCGGCCAUAGGCUAUUGCUUCGGGGGCACCGGCCUGAUCAAUGUCGCGUUGGCGGGCUACUCUGGUUUCUCUGGCAUCGAGUUUCCGUCCGGUCUCUUGGGCGUCGUCUCCUACCAUGGAGGCCUCAGCAGCGGGUGGCUGGAUCCCGUGGCCGGAAGUCGUCCGCAGCUGCUGGUGCACUCCGGCACCGCGGACGAUUCGAACGAGGACAUCAUGAAUUUGACGAGGGAUCUUGAGAGCGUGAGCGCAGAGUAUUCCAUCAGCAGGUACGGAUACGGAGUGCUCCAUUUCUUCACCGAGUGGGACUCUUCCAGCCCUGGCUUCGCCAUGUACUCGCCGAUGGCCGACCAGCGUUCGUGGGAGGCCACCGAGCGCUUCUUCGUGGAGCUCUUCGACUCGGGCGGCGGUACGCCAGUCGGGGAGCCUGACUUGUCCGCGGUCCCCUCCAGCUUCACGCACAUGAUGGUCAACUACACAGCCGCUGGGGUGGACUGCCAGGGUUUCGUGAUCUAUGACUCCUCGAUCUGCACCAGCUCGUCCAAGUGUCCAGCGGUGGUGGUCAUCCAGGAUUGGAACGGUAUGGACGACUACGAGAUGGAGCGGGCGUACCUCCUUGCGCAGCAGGGCUACGUUGCCUUCGCCGCCGACAUCUACGGCGUGGACACGCCGAAGGCGGACAUGAGCGACUGGAUUGCGGCGUCCACGGCACACAGCCAGAACGCCUCACUGUACAUGAGCAAGAUCCACGGAGCCGUCGCUCAGACCAUGUCAUGGGACGUCGUCGACACCGCCAACAUGGCCGCCAUCGGCUAUUGCUUCGGCGGCACCGGGCUGAUCAACCUGGCCCUCGUGGGGCACAGCGGCCUGGCGGAUGUCGCCCCGUUCCCCGUCGGCCUCAAGGGCGUCGUCUCGUACCAUGGCGGCCUCGCUAGCGUGCAGUCUGCCCAGAGCGGCACGACUCGCCCAAAGGCCCUCAUCCUGGCCGGUGCCCAGGACACCAGCAUCUCCGAUGCGGCCGUGUCGGCCCUCACCGACGACCUCGAGAGCGUGGAAGCUAGCUUCGAGAUCACAAGGUACGGGUCCGGUGUUGUCCACAGCUUCACGCACUGGGGCAUGGCAAUGCCACAGAUGGGCUCAGCCUAUGAUGCCACUGCGGACUUUCGAUCAUGGUACGCCACGACGAAAUUUCUCGAGGAGAUCUUCUCGGACAGUACGCUUGGCACACAGAAAUCGGCCGUGUGCGAACUUCUGCCUGUCCAAGAAGAUGCUGCGAGCGGCGCGCGCGAGGCGGGCAGCGAAGUUUUCUGUCUCACAGCUCUUGCGCUGACGGGCAGUGUUAUGACUGCCAUCUCGUGA